AGGGACUAAGAGACAGUUAAAGGUACAGCUGAAAUAGCAGCCCACAGGAGAGGCAGUGCUUGGCCAAGUGCACAGGCCAGACCGUGUGCUUCUCUAGGAGCAGGUUUGGGUGUCUCCAAGGAGCAGCCUAGCUCUGCAGCAGGGUGAGAGUAGCCUCAGGUGAGACAGGGUCAGGUGAGAAGCAAAGAAAAGGCAAAGGGUGAGCAACUGAAGUAAAAUUGUGACAGCCACAGCCUAGCUUUCUGUGAAGUGCCGCCAAUGGGCUUCUUGAUUGUGGUAAAGAUGAACAGGCCCUUCAGAGUGACACAUGUGCUGUGUAACCCAGUCCAUCACAGGAGGACUUGGGGUGGUGAGAGGAUAAAUGAAUGUCCUCAGAAAGAUGGUAAGGACGAGAAGCGGGAAUAGCCUUAAGUCUUCACUUAGCCUAGGAAGCUCAAGGGAAAAACAGGAUCCUUGUAAAUAUGAUUUCUGCUUCUCCACAGGUGUGAGCUUUCUUUUUUCUUUGAGUCAUAUCUGUACUGCAUCUGUACCUCUUUUGUGGCACUUUUCAUAUUCCAUACCGUUUUCAUAGUUUUUAGAUUCUUUCUACCUCCUCUCCUAAACCAAUAACCCCUCAAGGGCAAGGACAGUGCCGAUUCCAUUCUGUGUCCCCACACUGCUGUCCUCGGUGACUGAAUGAUUCCUCUGGAUUCCUCAGCAAUUUAUUUUUACUACCAAAGAUGGCAACUUGGAAAAGCCAGCUUUCUCCUUCUGCUGAGAUCAGGGACUAUAUUAUGUUGAGAGUGUUCUAUAGUGCUUUGAGUCUGUAGGAAAGAGAUUUUCUGUUUGGGGAAUGUUGCUAAGCCCUCUCAUCAAAAAUAGCCUUUCCACCUACCUCCAAGCCUUGCCAGGGCAGAGCGAAUUGGCAAGGGCAGUUCAAAGGGAAAAGCAGUGUAAUGCCACUCUGAUCCUGGCCACACGGUGAGGAAGAAAAUGUACACGGCUGAGGCUUAGGAUGCCGACUUCUGUAAAAAGGAAGCAGACCAUCUAAUUGUGGGCGCGUGGAUCUAGACUUGGUAAAAUACCUUCCUAGCUUAUGCACAUUCCUGUACAUCCUGUGAUCCUAGGCCACAAGUCUUUAAAAGGGAACUAACUGGUGAUUUGAUGUCUUACCACAUAAGUGGCCCUUAAAGAGGAGCCUGCUCAGACCAUGGAGUCCCCUGGGUAGUGCAAACAGAGGUGCUUGGCUGCUAACCAAAGGUUGGAGGUUCGAGUCCAUCCAGAGACGCCUUGGAAGAAAGGCCUGGUGAUCUGCUUCUGAAAAAUUAGCCACUGAAAACCCUAUGGACCCAAUGGAAUCCAGACCUUUUGGAGCUAUGGAGAUUGGAUGAAUCCCUUGAAACUGUUGCCCUGAGAUAAUGUUUAAACCUUAAAUCAACAUAUCCCCUGAAGUCCUGUCGGAACCAAACAAUAGUUUAGCUUAACUAGUAAAAACUGUCUGCUUUGAGCAUUGUGCUAAAUUAAGAACUAUCGGUAUGGGAUGAAAUUGACAACAGCAACUUGAAAGAUUAGAUAGGAACUUAGGGGCUGUGAGUUUAUGUUAAUGGGGAGGAACAAUUCAGAAAAAAGAGGGUGAGAAUGGUUGCACCACUCGAAGAAUGGAAUCGGUGUCACUGAAUCAUACAUGUAGAAAUUGUUGAAUUGGUGUGUGUUCUACCAUGCAUAUUCUCAACAACUACAAAAGAUAAAAUAAAUUAAAAAAGAAAACCCUAUCGAGCACAGUGGUACUCUGACCCACCUGGGGCCGCCGUGAAUAGGAAUCAACUUGACGGCAGCUGGUACUGUUAACUCAGACCAUGGAGAAAGCUGCAGUUCAGAACGGCAGAGAGAAAGCCAGAAACACACGGAAGCACAGAUCCUGAGCAGAGCAGGGGGUUUGGGCAAAGCUGCUCCGCUCUGAAGGCUUGCUGUUGGCAUGGAACCAAACCAGUGACAACAUAGCCAUUUUAAUUUUUGCAAAAUCUACUCUAAGCAUGAGCCCCUCUGAAUGAAUGAAGAUCCAUGGUCUUUAGAGUUUGUUCCUCAGAUCUUGAAUCAGGCUUCCCAUGAGGAAGUUGGAGGACUUCAUUGGGCAGGUAACAGCACCCACUCUGAGGGUCGAGCAGGAAAGGAGGUGUGAGAAGUAACUGGUCAGAGUUGAGGUGGGGCAGUGCAUGCUGGCUGCCACGUGCUCUGUAUUAGAAGCCCUAGAGCAGUCACUGCCAGUGGCUAUUACAAACUGCCCCCUGGGAAUUCAAAUGGGAAAACGUUUACGUUUCGCCUGCCUGGCCUUGCAAUGAGCGUGUCUGUUCAGGUAACAAAUUGCUGCGUUAAGGUGGAUCUCUCUGUUCUAGCCCGAAGGGAAAGGCCUUUAUACCCUGUAUACUGGAGGCGUUAUUAAUGAACAGCUGAUUUUUAUGUAAGGAUCAACCCCUGUAAAUAAGAACUAUGAGCGCUGCUCUGCCAAGCAGGUCUUCUAAUCGAUUUGAACCAGUUUAGUCAAAGCCGAUGAAAUGAAACGGGAACAAAUCUGAAUGUUUACGAGUGGGGUGAUCUGGUACGAUAACCAGGCCAGGAGAGAUUACUAGCCGAAGCCCUGGAAGGGGGGACUCGGAAGGGGCAUAACAAGCCCUUUCAGAACCUGGUGUGUGAGAUUGGGUUAUUGGUGGGACUGUGGAGAGUGACACACAUUCAGAGCACAGCACUUGUGUCACUGUCGUUGAGUAGAACACCGUUGUUUUGACUCUGCUUAAAAGCUGAGAGGUAAGAGAUUUGGUUGCUAUGCAACGCAUAUGCUGCCCUUGUUUUCCAAGAGGGACAUUAGGUUUCUAGCAGGGCUUCAACUGGUAAUUUUUCCUGUUCUGGUUAUUGUUUCAGUUGAACCAAAUUUUAAAAAUUCAGGUCUCUUCUGGUUUUGCUUCCUCAGCCAUAACUGAGCUGGUUUGAAGAACUGGUUUGAAGCCCUGCUGCCAAGAUUCUCAAUAGCAUCAGUGCAGAGGUUUCAGCCAGCAGAAGCAUCCACUUGAACCCCUCAUUUGCCCAUAGGCCCAGAGACCACUUCACCAAGAAGCAUCAGAUGGUGAAGAAGGAAGAGGAGACACAGAAAUGAUGCAGCAGGAGACAGCUCCAACUCCUGCCCCGUCAAAGAAAACCAAACAGCCUAAAGAAUGUUUCUUGAUAAAACCAAAGGAAACAAAAGAGGAGGCCACGAAGACCAGGAGGAGGAAAAAGAAGAAAAUUACUGAUGUUCUUGCAAAAUCUGAACCAAAACCAGGGACACCUGAAGACCUACAGAAGCUGAUGAAGGACUAUUACAGCAGCAAUCGCUCAGUGAUUGAAUUAGAAGAACUGAACCUACCAGACUCGUGUUUCCUCAAAGCCAAUGACUUGACUCACAGUCUUUCGUCCUACCUGAAAGAAAUCUGUCCUAAGUGGGUAAAACUUCAGAAAAACCACAGUGAGAAGAAAUCGGUCCUGCUUCUAAUUGUCUGCAGCUCUGCCAUCCGAGCACUGGAGCUCAUGAGGUCGAUGACUGCGUUCAAAGGAGACAGCAAAGUUAUGAAAUUAUUUGCAAAACAUAUAAAGAUCCAGGAGCAGGUAAAGCUGCUGGAGAAGCGUGUGGUUCAUCUGGGUGUAGGAACUCCGGGAAGGAUCAAAGAACUCGUUAAACAAGGUGCCCUUGAUUUGAACCCCUUAAAGUUUCUGGUUUUUGACUGGAACUGGAGAGAUCAGAAGUUGAGGAGACUGAUGGACAUUCCCGAGAUAAGAAAGGAGGUUUUUGAACUUCUGGAAAUGGAAGUACUCAGUCUGUGCAAAUCAGAAUCUUUGAAGCUGGGCCUUUUCUAAGUCUGGGUCCAAAUGAAGGUCCCGUUUUUAACGGUGGAAGUUCCGUCUCUAUUUAAUGACCCUGGCACAUUGGGAGCACUCAGGAAAUACCAGCUGUCGUUUCAUUAACUGCAUCACCGGGUGGACCACGGAGAAUGUUUGACCUUGAGGAAUCUUUGACUGAAAUCCAUCUUUUUGCCAACUCCCUUCUUUGCAGAAUAAAGUAUCAGUGAUUUGCAUGUGAUUUUCGUUGAGCCGACUAAGUUUUCCUGUCACUGACUGGCCUCUGAUGUGAUUGUGCAGGAGAAUGGAAAGGGCAGCAGGGCGACCUUAGACAAGUCCCGUACCUCUCUGAGCCUCAGUCUUAUCAGCUGCAAGAUGGGAGUGAUCUCUCACAGGAUUGCUGAGGGGUCCAUGAGGUGGUAGGCGUGGUGGAACAGCUUUGGAAACGGGGAAGCAUGGUCCUGGCCAAAAGGCAGGAGUCCCAGUGGUAUAAA